GGAGAAGCACUUACUGUUCUAGACUCUGUGGUGGGAAAAUAGCAAAGAAAAGUUCACCGCAGCUUUAUGUUUCUACUGCCAGCAUCGGGGACUGAUAACCUCUGGGUUUCCUCAGACCUAGAAAUUAAUCUUCCCUCUGUGGUAGCAUUUUUGAGGGAGUGAAACAGAAGUUUUCUUCAGCUCUUUCUUCCCAUACGCCUUCUGAGUUCUUUUAGUUGUUUUUCUUUCCUUUUCUUUUCUGUUUUUUUUUUUUUGCCUUUUUUUUUGCGCCACUUCCUUUCUCUCAGUGACUCUUCAAAGAGAGGUAUUCAAAUCUGCAAAACAAUUAAAUUACUCAAGACCUAGAUCUAGAUCUUCCUUUUAAGUUGAUGUUCUCUCAACUAACCACCUUCAGCCCAGCCAAACAAGGGACACCAGGAGAAAAAUUUAGAGUGAAGGAUGCACAAGAAAAGAUGCAGGUGUGGGACACAGCUGGCCAGGAGCGCUUCCGCACCAUCACCCAAAGCUACUACCGCAGCGCCCACGCGGCCAUCAUCGCCUACGACCUCACCCGGCGGUCCACCUUCGAGUCCGUCCCUCACUGGAUUCACGAGAUAGAGAAAUAUGGAGCAGCUAACUUGGUCGUUAUGCUAAUCGGAAACAAAUCUGACCUCUGGGAAAAGCGGCACGUCCUGUUUGAGGAUGCCUGCACACUGGCUGAGAAGUACGGCCUCCUGGCUGUGUUGGAGACAUCAGCCAAGGAGUCCAAGAACAUAGACGAAGUCUUCGUGCUCAUGGCCAGGGAGCUGAUCGCCCGCAACAGCCUGCACCUGUUCGGGGAGAGCACCCUGAGCAGCCUUCCCCUGGACUCCAGCCCCAUUCUGAUGGCCCCGGGGCCGAGUGAGAAGACCCACUGCACCUGCUGAACGUGUUCACGGGGCCAGUUGCACCCACCAAAGAGGCCAUCUCUGAAACAAAAGGUAGCCAGACAGCCUCGUGUCUCCCGAGCUGCGCUUCAGACCCAAGUGUAGUCCCACUGCUUGUCCCUAACCGUUCCUGCCUGGCUGGGCAGCACCUUCGCCUCCAUUCACUCCAGAUGUCAUAGCCGCUGACUCUGAGGAAAGGGGACGUUAUCGUUUUCCUUGGUUCCUGGUGAAGCCAGGCCUGCAGGCAUGGACGUGGGAGGGACGGGGUGUGGGCCUCUCCCCUUUCCCUUUCUGUCUCCCCAGCACCUUCCCUGCUUUCUACUCAAGUUUGCUUCUUGCUUGAAGAGGGUAGUGACAGAAAGAAGGGAGGAGGAAUAUCAAUCAAGAGGUGGGGAGAACGUUUGGAACAUUCUGGAGCAGUUUGAAACAGUGCAGGCAGGGAGGAUGGGACAAAAGCCUGCAAUGAGAAGCCAGGAUGCUGUUGUGGCUUUGUUUCCCGACAUUCACUCAGGUGUUCACUCUGGAGAGUGAGGCCUUUUAACAUAAACACUAGACAUGCCAUCUUCCCAGACGGUCGGGAACCCUCUCGUGGAGUUGGAAUUGGAUUUCACUUUAUCCGAGUGGGGCUGAUUUGGCCACCCUUCUGGGGACAUAAGAGAUGCCUACAUUUUCUUUCUUUCUUUCUUUCUUUCUUUCUUUCUUUCUUUCUUUCUUUCUUUCUUUCUUUCUU